AUGGAUGUUGAAGGCGUACCAAUCGAGGCUCCCUUCGCCGCCUCCUUCCCCCUUCCCUUCCGUGUUCUCGUCCUCGCCGGUACCGGAAUACUAUGCUGGGCAACAAACCUACACGGCCUACACAUCCUUGGUAUCGACGCGGCUGCGGCACUCGACAUUCGACCUUUCGACGCGAAUCCACACGCGCCACUGCGCCUUACGAGCUCGGGUCCACCUGAUGUGCUUGCUCUGGCACGCGCAGUGUACCGUCUAUGUAUCGCGUACGCGUUUGUAGUCUUUACGGGAUGGGCACUGUUUCGACUUGCGACACAUGGCGACCUUGCUCUAGUGGAUUUGUUUAAGUGGAUGCCUGCUGUGACUAUGUUGGUCGUGGUCAUGCUGGCUGUCUCGCCCUUUGAGAUUCUCGAGAAGCGAGUGCGCGAUAUGUUUCUUAUUGCUGUCAAAAGAUGCCUAUUUAGUCCGUCAAGUGUCCCAGUGUAUUUCUGCGACGUGGUCCUCGCGGAUAUUUUCACCUCUUUUGCAAAAGUCAUCGGCGAUGUCUGGUUAUCAUUCUGCAUGUUCAUGCCUGGUGGAAGCCUCCUCAUAUUCCCCGAACAAUAUGGCUGGACACGGUUAAUGGUACCGUGUCUCCUAAGUGUUCCGUAUGCUGUCCGGUUCCGACAGUGUAUCAUCGAUUAUAUGCAACCAACGACAACGGAUAAAAAGCAACUAUACAACGCACUCAAGUAUGCCAGUUCUUUCCCCGUCAUUUUCUUAUCAGCUGCACAAAGAGACAUUGCAUCGGAUUUGGCAACCGAAGCUGAGAUUGAAGAACAUCCACUGUUUCGUUUAUGGCUACUUUCUGUCGUCGUGAACUCACUAUACUCAUUCUGGUGGGACGUGACGAACGACUGGGGACUUGAACUCUUGAAGACGGGACAAAACAUCCCUCGAAUACCACCUAAACCUCUACUCCUGCCUACUCUUCAAGCCCGCCGAUCCUCUCUAGACAGCAACUCCCCAAUAAUACAUGCUCGACAUCCCUCCCUACCAAACGGGUCCACAAAUACCUCUACGUCCUCUCCUUAUACCCCUCAACCAUCAUAUUCACGACGCCCACACUCAUAUCCCUGGGGCCUCCGCCCAACCCUCCUCUUCCCCCUCCCCGCAUACCCACUCGCAGUCUUCGCGAACCUCGUCUUAAGACUCACCUGGUCGUUUAAGCUUUCUGCACAUUUGCACGCGCAAGUGAGUGGGGCGUUGUUGUUUUUCUGGCUUGAGCUUGCGGAGUUGUUGAGGAGGUGGGUGUGGGUUUUCUUUCGUGUUGAGUGGGAGUUGGUGAAAAGGGAGUGGGAGUGGGAGAGGGAGAGGGGGGAGUAUGUUCUGUUGCAAGACAGGAGGGAGGGGGAGGAGGGUGAUGUGGAGUAUAGUUUUAAUGGUGAUGACGGUGUUGGGGUGGGUUCUGGUAUGGAGAUGGGUGAAGUGGUGAAUGGGAGGUAUGAUGAUGCUCGAAUAAAUACGAAAAUUGGGUCUCAGGAUGCUCUACCUUGA